AUGGCUGCAAAGGAUCCAAAGGAAACGUCCUCUACUGAAGGCGUUUCUCCUUCAAGCUCUACAAAUGUAAGCACGAAAUUUGGCGACCUGUUUGCGUUCUCAGGGCCAGCGCCGGAGAUAAUCAAUGGAAGGGCGGCUAUGUUGGGGUUCGUGUCGGCCAUUGCAGUGGAGGUUGCCAGCGGAAGAGAUUUGUUGUCGCAGUUGAAUAGUGGAGGACUGUCGUGGUUUGCGUUAACUGCAGGAUUAAUGACGGUGGGGACACUGGUGCCCUUGUUCAAUGGAAUGUCGAGGGAGAGCACGUCGCAGCCAAUAUUUUCAUCCACAGCAGAAAUGUGGAAUGGGCGCUUUGCUAUGCUCGGCCUCCUCGCAUUGGCUUUCACUGAAUACGUCAAGGGUGGACCGCUUGUAUAAACACCUGAAUAUCUAUUCCUAUUCAAACAUAAGCUCCAAUAGUGGAAGCUCUCACAUGGCAUUACAUGUUCCAGUGGAGUUUUCUUGUACUGUUUAACAUUUCAUACAGUUUAAUUAUACAAAACCUUGUAAAAAAUUCAGUCUUAUACUAUAAAGAAAGUUCGAGUUCAACUA